AGGCAGACAGGCAGGCAGGCAGCAGGAGUGUGAGCAGGUGGAAGCCGCUCAGUGUCGCUGCUGCUGCUGCCCUCCGACGAAACACAAUCCCGUUGGGAGGAAGAAACUCUGCGCAGCGAGCACAAAACGCAAAACAUUAACUUCAAAUCACCAGCAGCGCCGAUUGUUUGGAGACGCGGCUUCCGAGGUGCGGAUUUAAUCUAGACGUCAGACAAACAAGCGAAGAAGAAGAGGAGGAGGUGGGGAGAAAACUUCCUGAAUUGACCGAGACUGGGAGUCCUGACAACCCGGUGAAUCGAGUUUUACGAAGAAGCGCUCUCAUAUUUCAGUUGUCUGUCAGCGGCAGCAGCAGCAGCAGUGAGGAGGAGGAGGAGGACUGGUUCGAGGCUGUGCGCACCGAGAAUGAACUCUUUGGACCGCUAAUCAUCUGUGGACUUUGACUGCGCCUUUUUUAAACAAACAAACAAUAAUAUUAAUUUCCCUCCCAGGCUUCAGUCAACAGAGCCUGAAUUUUUUUAUUUUUUUUUAUUUUUUUAUUUAAAGAAGGAGUUGUUCCUCAAGUCAGCGGCGAUGGGGGAGCAGCCGAUCUACACCACCCGGGCCCACGUCUUCCAGAUCGACCCGACCACCAAGAAGAACUGGGUCCCUGCCAGCAAACAGGCCGUCACCGUCUCCUAUUUUUACGACAGCACGCGCAACAGCUACCGCAUCAUCAGCGUGGAUGGAACCAAGGUGAUCAUCAACAGCACCAUCACACCCAACAUGACGUUCACCAAGACGUCGCAGAAGUUCGGUCAGUGGGCCGACAGCAGGGCCAACACCGUGUUCGGACUGGGCUUCUCUUCGGAGCAGCAGCUGGCCAAGUUCGCUGAGAAGUUCCAGGAGGUAAAAGACGCAGCCAAGCUGGCGAGGGACAAAUCUCAAGAGAAGGUGGAGACGUUGAGUAAUCACUCGCAGGACCAGACUGAGUCCGGACGGGAGACGCCCUCCACCAACCAGGCGUCCAGCAUUAAUGGAACGGACGAUGAGAAGAUCUCUCACGUCAGUCCGGAAGCUGCCGUGCUGAAGAGCGAGAACGACCGUCUGAAGAGCGCAGUGGAGCUGAGCAACACCAACGCCAAGAAGUGGGAAACAGAGCUGCAGACUUUAAGAGAAAAUAACGCCCGGCUGGUGGACGCACUGCAGGAGUCCUCAGCUAAUGUCGAGAGCUGGAAGAAGCAACUUAGUGCCUGCAAGGAGGAGAGUGACACGCUCAGGGAAAAGAUCGUGGAGCUGGAAGCUCAGUGUAAAGAAGCCGAUCAGGAGAAGCAGAAAAACGCCCAGCUGAGUGUGAAAGUUCAGGAGCUGGAGGCCGAGCUGCGGGACAAAGAGCAGGAGCUGGAGAACCUGAGGAAGCAGGCGGAGAUAAUCCCUCAGCUCAUGGCCGAGUGCGAGAGCAUCACCAAUAAACUGCAGGCUGCAGAGGCGAAGAACGGCGAGCUGGAGGGGAGGAUAGGAAGUCUGCAGGUCGACAUAGACGACAGUCGACAAAAGCAGGGCAACAUGAAGGGCGAGCUGAAGAAGUUCAUGGAUAUUCUGGAUGGAAAGAUAGACGAGCUGCAUGAGUUCAGGCAGGGCCUCUCCAAGCUGGGCGUUGAUAACUGAGCGAGAGGCGGCACUGAGUCGAAAGGGUCAGAGGUCAGGUACGAAGGAUUCACUACAGUAUGUCUUCAGGGCAGAAACUAUGUGGCACCUCCUCCCCCAGAGGUGACGUCCACUCAGAAACUAUCAGCUUUGGCUUGUAAUAAACACUACCACGUGAGAAAGAGAUUUGUAUUUGGAGAGGGAGAGCGAGCCUGGCAGGAGGGAGGCCAGCGCUCCACCAAAACGGCUCCAUUUUGUACGCUGGCAUUUUGAGUCAUACUCUGAGCUUACUUACCCGUUUCUGUGGGAGGGGGGGCGGCUUUAAAAAGCUGGUGGUGGGUUCUUAGAUUCUGUCCAUCUGUCUUUUUUUUCUGAAGGCUGCGGCGCUUCUUCACAGGCAGUCUUGAGUUUAGAGUAGAAGAGGGGACUCAAAAGGGCUAAAAUGAAUAACACACACAGACGAUGCUGCUCAGCGUCACUCGAGUAAUAAUUGGUGUUAAUCCUUGUGGCCCCCUCAGAGAAUUAGACAUGAGACCUUUUCUCCAGACUGUCCUCGCUGUUGCCUCUCGUCUAUCUCAGGUGUGUUAGAAGACAGUUUGUACAGAUUAUAUGCACAUGUACGACACGCGGCCGCGACACAAAGUGCCUCCAGGUGAGUCGAAAUCCACCUGGCAAGGAGAACUGGCCGAGUGAUGACCAUCACCAUAAUAACAACUCUCUGUGAGAAACAUCCUCACUGAUGAAACGAGAGACAAACGUAGACAUCCUGAGGACGUUAAAGGGGAAGUCCAGUAUUUUAAAACCUUAGUUUAGUAUUUUAAGAAACUCUGGUGUGGAAAUGAUUCACACUCACCGAAAGCUUUAGAGCGGGUCGGGUGGAUAAAAUAAACAGAACUUUGGAACCAACGAACAAUUUAAAAUCAUUUAUUCAUGAUCAAAAUAACGUUUUUAAGCAAAAGAGAUACUUUUCUACAAGUUCUGUCGACGUAUUAUCUUCAAAAACUGUUAUUAAUGACCUUUUGAUGAUGAUUUCAGACACCUAUGGAUCAUUUUCACACCGAAACGUGUAAAAAAAUAGGGUUUAAAAAUACCAGAAUUCCCCUUUAACGUGAUUAAAGGACAGGACAGGUGUUUGCACAAAAAUAACUCCUGAGAGCAGGUUCAUCACCGCUCAGUGUAUUUUCUAUAAGAAACAUCCAAUAAUAAUAAUAAUAAUAAUAAUAAUAAUAAUAAUAAUAAUAAUAAUAAUAAUAAUAAUAAUAAUAAUAAUAAUAAUAAUAAUAGGAACUCCAUUUAGCCAUGAGUGUAGUGUCGUGUUGAAGGGUUUUGUGUGUGCAAUAGUAUCGUCGUCCAUGUGCAGAACAACGACGUGCGUCUCCGAGGCCGGCGAUGUGCUUCCGACACACUGGUUUUUGUUAUGGUGGUGGUUAUUGUUGGGUGAGGGGCGACUGAAAGUGUACUUCACUGUCAACAUUUAGACGGAAUGGGCCUUUUUCACAGCCAAACCCCCGUCAGAGUCUUUGGUUUUUUUGUUGUUUUUUUUUUUUUGUUUGACAUAUUUAUUUAUUUUUGGUGCCUCUCUGCAACUUGUGUUUUUUUUUUUUUUUUGUUUUUUUUUCUCAAACAUAGAACAAGUAAACUCAACCGUGAACCUGCUGUCUCUGUAGAUGUACACUAAUAUAUACAAUACACCAAAUUUGUUCAGAGGUUGUUUUUUUUGUUUGUUUGCUGGAUGAAACACGAGCGGCUCAUGUUGUGGUGGCAUAUUUUCUGGGUAAUAUUACGAUGUUAUGAGUUUAUAUUUUUUCAUUCUGUUCUGAAGACGAAAGGUUUCUAUGAAGGGACUUGUUUUUGCUUCUCCCUCUCUGUUUUAAGGCCCCUGAACCCGGAUAACACAACGUAUGAUCCUUCCUUUUUGAACCAACGCCUCUUGUGCACUUUUGUGACUCCUGUUCAAUAUUGUACAAAUAGAACUGACAAUUGUUAAAAUUUAGUUUAAUUACA